UCUUUGAAAUUUUGUAAGUGAAGUGAAUAUCAACAAAUACACGGCAACGUUGUUUUUAAUUAUCAUUUAAUUUUUGUUUGAAACUAAUUUUGAAUGUGGAAAAAGAACCUACCUAUUCCACUGAUAACGAAAAGUUGAUAUAAAAAGGUUUUAAACGAGGUUGACAAGAAACCGGUCGGUCGAAUGAACUUUUAACGCCAGCGAUUUUCAAACCGUUCUGUACUGUAGUUAUCCUUUGACCGUCAAAUUGGAAAGAUGCGUUGCAGUAUAUUAGUCGUUUUAAUAAUUGCAUCCAUUUUUGGAUGUAAUGCUGACAACUUGCAACAGCGUUGUUCAAGGCAAUGAUGAAUUGACAGCGAACUCUUACAAGGAACACAAAGGAAAAAAGAAAACAAGAAAAUGCGAAAACAGGAAAACGUAAAUUCAAAUACUAGAUAGUUUGGUUAAUAAGUCUGUGGAUUCUUGUAAAAAACUUGUGUGAUUCUUAUUUGCGAAAAACAUGACAAAACGGCUAUUAAUUAAAAAGAAACGAGGACUAGAAAUUCAAGAAUUGACCCCAAGAAGAUUCUGCAGACCCUUAUUAAAUAAUGACUCUUUACAGACAAGUACAGAUGAUAACAUUUGACAAAUUAUUAAGAACCUACAAACCCUUGUCAAAACGUACUAAACAUGAUUCCUUAGUCUUAGAACAACAGUCUAAGUUAAGCACAAAUCAAGAAUUGCCCACAAGAAGAAUCUGCAAAUCCUCAUUAAAUAAUGACUCUUUACAGAUAAGUACAGAAGAUACUAUACAUGAUUUCUUAAAUUCAAAUUCUGUUAAUGAAAGUACGGUUUUCCUAUCUAAUUUUAGUUUGCCUAAUGAUUCUAACAGUCAACUGUCUAUCUCAAGCCAUCUAUAUUACCCUUCAACAGAAAGGAUCGAGGAAACUCUUGAAAUUGAGGUUGUUAAGAAGAAACAACCGAAAACUACGUUAAGUUAUAUAACGAUACCAAAAAAAGUUUGGAAAGUAGUAGUGAUUUUGUAGCAACUUUGCAGAAGGAACGUGUACCUUGUAGUACUCCCAUAGUUGCACUUAAGGCCCAAAUUCAAAAUGAUACAGUGUCUCCACUAAACGUUAAUUCUUUGCUAAAGAACGCUUUUGAGCAAGUUGAUAGCUGGAACAAUGAAUUUUCUGUACCUACAAGUUCGAGUACACCUCCGAGAGACUUGUUCUUGAUAAGAACCAUUCGCCUGGUAGAAGAACAAGUUUGAUAACACUGAGACAUGAAAAAGUUAUAAAAUCUUUCAGGAAACGCCAUAAAAAUAAAUCCAGAAAAAAUAAAGCUAUAACAAGUUUUGAAGAAUCCGAAAUUCAACAUACAUCUUUUCCCAGCCAGGAGAAUUUGAAAUCUCGACCAAGUUUUGAAGAAUCCGAAAUUCAACAUACAUCUUUUCCCAGCCAGGAGAAUUUGAAAUCUCGACCAUCAAUUGUGAAUUUUGUCAGUAAAAGAAAAAACACAAAUGAAAAAUGUUCAUCCCAUGGCUCCGUUACGGAAUAAGAUAUGGUUAACCAAGAAAAAAAUUCCACCGUUAUUCUCAAAACAUGCCAAAGAAGACCCUUCAUCUCCAUU